CCUUCCUGUAUGUGAAACUAUCCAAAUAAGUGUUUUCACUCAUAGCUUCUUUUAACGUUAUUACACUUAAAACCCUCCAGAAGUUAGUCCGUGCCCAACGAUGCCUUCCUCACAUGACUGGAUCAACAACCCUCUCGGCGUGGUCGAGGGGAUGUUUGCUGCUUCCCAGAACAAUCCAAACUCCGGUUGGGAGGCGAAAGCGGUUGAAUUCUUUAAAGAUCAUCUGAACGAGAAGGACGCUCACACCUGGGUCCCGUCUUUAAACGACGUCCCUCUUCACUACCUGAAGCCAAACAGCCUGGUAAAGUUCCGUUGCCUAAUCCAAGACAUGUUUGAUCCGGAGUUCUACAUGGGAGUGUACGAGGCUGUUAAUCCAUCUACACGCGAUAAAGUGUUGCGCUGUGGGAAGUACAAAGAUGUGACGGAAUGUGGGGUGGAUUUUAACUCCAAAAACACAGUGACCGCAGAAAGACAGACUUUCUACUGUGUGCCGAUCCCCGGAGAAAGUCCCUGGGUGAAGGAGUGCUAUGCCGGCCUCAGCCAAGCGAGAGACGUUCCCUCCACCUCGUAUGCGCCGGCUAGACAGAAACGUAGCUACGAGGAAGACGACGACAUGGACACACAACCGCAGAAGCAGAGGGAGCCGCAUGCCGGUCCUCAAACGGCAUCGGAGCACCACGGCAAUGGUGAUUGCAAGCGGCAGGAGACGGAAGCUCCUUCCAGCCAAGUGGCAUCUGCCUCCCGUGUCGACCUCAACUUCCCCCUGCCAGGAGAGAAAGGCCCCUCCUGCCUCCUCAAGGUGUACGAGGACUGGGACGGCUUCAAACUGAACGACGCCGUGGAGGUCUUUGGCAUCCUCUCCGUCAGCCCUGCUCUCAGCGCCCUGGCUGACGAGAAAGACGCCUCCUCGUCCCUCCUGGACCCCGCCGACAGCAUGGAGACGGCCGAGGAGCAGAGAGUGCACAGCCCGCCUGCCUCGCUGGUCCCUCGCCUGCACAUGCUCUACGCCAAGCCGCUGCCACACAACAACCCCCUGCUGCCAGCCGCCGCCUGCGAGCAGAACAGUGCCUAUUUAUCUUCGACCCGGAGCGAGAUGGCCACCGUCAGGACGGAGCUGCUCGCUUACUUCACCCACAUCCUUCUGGGAGACGCUCUGGCCGCUGAGUACCUCAUUCUGCACCUCAUUUCUAACGUGUACCAUAGACAUGAUGUUCUCCCACUGGGCAAGUUCACCUUGAACCUGAGCGGCUGUCCCACGGAGGCCUCGUACACGGAGCGCUUCUACCAGAUCAUCCAGCAGCUCGUGCCGUCCUCGUACUAUCUGGGCAUGACCCUCCAGAACAUGAACCAGAUGCGAUUAGUGCCGAAAAAGGACUAUGUUGCCAACCGUCUGGUGAGCGGGGCCCUGCAGCUGGCCAGGAACACCUCCCUCUUCCUGGAUGAAUCCCGGCUGGAGCAGGGACAGCUGGACACGACAGGUGUGCGUAACGUCACGGCGCUGGGGAACGUGAUCUCGUGGCAGAAGUUCGAUUAUGACUUUAACUACCACCAGAUGGGAAUCCCCUGCAACAUUAACGUGCUGAUCGCGUCGGAGGGCCGCUCGCUGCUGCCGUCCGACUGCCGGAUACACCUACAGUCUCAGGUGGCCCCGUCCGACGUGGAGGAGUAUCUCCGCAGCAUCCACACGCAGUCGCAGGCCUCGCAGCUGAACAAGUUCAGGGUGUACCUGAGCGUGGCUCGGCUGCUGGACUACAGCAUCUCUGACGAAGUGACAAAGUCGGUAGAGGAUGACUUUGUGGAGAUGAGGAAGGACGACCCGCAGAGCAUUUCUGCCGAGGACCUGCACAGGAUGCUCGUUGUGGCGAGGUUGCUGUCUCUGAGCCUGGGACAGACCUCUCUGUCCAGAGACGGCUGGCUCAGAGCCAAACACAUCGAGGCGCUGCGGAGGAGUCGGAUGGAGCAGCACAAGUGUGUCAACGGCAACGAGCAGUGAUCAAACUCUCCUUUUGAUACCUAAGUGUUUGUAAUAAAGAUGUAGUUCACUCGGUUUAACUUUAAAGGAUGUUCAAGUCUUUUUUUUUUUUUUUAAAGGUCAAAUUAGGUACAAAGUAAUGUCUCAGCCCGCUGUGAGGUUCAUGGCAGUGAUGCUGCAGAGUGACACUUAUGGAAAUAAUGAGAUGAGGUUUGCAGAA